AUGAGGCUAUUCCGGCGAAAUUAUGGCCCAUUGAAGCUGGCUUUGGUGGGUGUGGUCUUUGUGAUCUUCCUCUUCAUAAUACAGAAGGAUGUCGGGAAUGGGGACCACACCGAGGAGCCCUGGCUGAAAAACAUUGUCGAGAGGAAAGACCAAGUGAUUGACAUGAUGAUGGGGGCAGUAAAUAACAUUCGCGACUCGAUGCCAAAGCUACAGAUCCGGGCUCCGGUUCAGCAAGAGGAACCUUUGCAGAGCAGCAAGUCCUGCCUUCCAGGCUACUAUACCCCAGCUGAACUGAAACCACUGAUGGAACGACCGCCCCAAGACCCCAACAGCCCAGGAGCUGAGGGCAAAGCUUUUAAAAAGGACCAGUGGACACCGCAGGAGACUAAGGAGAAGGAGCGCGGCUAUGAGAAGCACUGCUUCAACGCCUUUGCCAGUGACCAGAUCUCUCUCCAAAGGGCGCUGGGACCUGACAGCCGACCUCCAGAGUGCAUUGAUCAGAAGUUCAAGCGCUGCCCGCCGUUGCCCACCACCAGCGUCGUCAUCGUGUUUCAUAACGAGGCCUGGUCCACCUUGCUCCGCACUGUGUACAGUGUCCUGCACUCCUCCCCUGCCAUCUUACUGAAGGAGAUCAUUUUGGUGGACGACGCCAGCACAGAUGACUAUUUAAAAGACCAACUGGAUCUCUACGUGAAGCAGCUGCAGAUAGUGAGAGUUGUGCGGCAGCAGGAGAGGAAAGGGUUAAUAACCGCACGACUACUCGGCGCUGGGGUCGCGAGCGGAGAGGUGCUUACUUUCCUGGAUGCUCACUGCGAGUGUUUCCACGGCUGGCUGGAGCCUCUCUUAUCCCGGAUUGCAGAGGAACCCACUGCCGUGGUGAGUCCAGACAUCACCACCAUCGACCUGAAUACCUUUGAGUUUUCCAAGCCAAUCCAAUAUGGGAAGCAACACAGUCGGGGAAAUUUUGACUGGAGUUUGACCUUUGGGUGGGAGGCCAUUCCUCCUAAGGAGAAGCAGAGAAGAAAAGAUGAGACCACCCCUAUCAAGUCUCCCGCUUUUGCUGGUGGCCUCUUUGCGAUCUCCAAGUCCUAUUUUGAACACAUUGGUUCCUAUGACGACCAGAUGGAGAUCUGGGGUGGGGAGAAUGUGGAAAUGUCCUUUAGGGUUUGGCAGUGUGGUGGUCAGCUGGAGAUCAUCCCCUGCUCGGUGGUUGGGCACGUGUUCCGCUCCAAAAGUCCACACACCUUCCCAAAAGGAACUCAGGUCAUCUCCAGGAACCAAGUGCGCCUGGCGGAGGUCUGGAUGGACGACUAUAAGGAAAUAUUCUACAGAAGAAACCAGCAGGCCUCGAAGAUGGCCAAAGAGAAAACAUACGGCGACGUUACAGAACGGCUCAAACUGAAGGAGCAACUGCACUGUAAAAACUUCACCUGGUAUCUACAAACUGUCUAUCCAGAGAUCUUCAUCCCAGACUUGACCCCAACCUUCUACGGAGCAAUUAAAAAUGAAGGGUCAAAGAAUUGCCUGGAUGUUGGCGAGAACAAUCAUGGAGGGAAGCCGUUGAUCAUGUACCCAUGCCAUGGAAUGGGCGGCAAUCAGUAUUUUGAAUACACGUCCCAGAAGGACCUGCGGCACAACAUCGGCAAGCAGCUCUGCCUCCGAUCUGGCUUUGGGCCGGUGGAGCUGGGAGACUGUCACUUCACAGGAAAAAACACGCGUGUUCCAGGAAAUGAAGAAUGGGAACUGACCCACGAUCGUCUGAUUAAAAACGUGGCCUCUAACAUGUGUUUGUCAGCAAGAGAUGAGCAUCCAUCUAUGACUUCCUGUAACCCCUCGGAUUCUUAUCAGCAGUGGUUCUUUACCCAAGACAUAUAG